CGUCUCGGUCUCGCCAUUUCGCUCGGCCUGCUGCUCGCAGUUCCCCUACGAACCAGCGUCGGGCCGAUUUCGAUAUCGCCACGGCGUCGCUCUUCCUCCUCGUCGGGGCCGUCGCUGCGGUGGUCGUGCGGCGAGCCCCACCCUCUGCACGCCCCGCUGUGACCAUGUCUGCCACAGCUGCCGUUUCCACCCGCGCUGGCCUCGGCUGCGCUUCGGCUGAGGAGGCGGCCUACACUCUCGACGGCGGCUACGCGCUUGAGCCCAACGCGGACGGCACUGGCGGCUGGCUCGCUCACCGCGCGAGCCUUGACUUGCCCAGUUCUGGCGCUGGCGACGACUGGCUCCCUCGCGACAUGCUCGAGGCAGCGCGCGACUUUCGUCCCGCGGGUGCCAAGCUGGCGCACGCGCCUCGCGUGCUUGUCUUGUACGGCUCCCUGCGCGAGAGCUCCUUCAGCCGGCGGCUCGCCCACGAGUGCGCGCGGCUGCUCGAGGCGAUGGGCGCCGACGUGCGCGUCUUCAGCCCGCAGGGCCUCCCGGUGCGCGACCCGUCGCUGGAGGACCACCCAAAGGUCAAGGAGCUGCGCGCGCUGUCGCUCUGGUCGGAGGCGCACGUGUGGGUCUCGCCCGAGAUGCACGGCACCAUCACCGGCGUCUUCAAGAACCAGAUCGACUGGCUCCCCCUCAACACGGGAAGCGUGCGGCCGACGCAGGGCCGCACCGCCGCAGUGCUGCAGGUGAACGGCGGCUCGCAGUCCUUCAACGCUGUCAACGAGCUGCGCCGGCUCGCGCGUUGGAUGAGAAUGCCCUGCACCACCAACCAGUCUUCGGUGGCAAAGGCGUGGCAGGAAUUUGACGAGGCAGGCCGCAUGAAGCCGGGCCCGUUCCGUGAGCGGGUGGUGGACGUUAUGGAGGAGCACAUUAAGUUUACGCGGCUGAUGCGCGAGCACGCCGACUUCCUCGUCGAUCGGUACUCGGAGCGGAAAGAGAUUGCAGACAAGGGCAAGCUGCUCACUCAAGCGGAGAAGGAGGGCGCCGAGCUCAUCGAGAGCAAGAAGCCGUGAGGGCGCGCGCGGCGAUAUGUGUUUUGUGAUUUGUGAGCGAGCGUUGGCGUACACUGUCGCCGCCGGCACGAGUGCGGUACUAGCGGGCCGGUACCACCGGCCGGCAGAGUGGCCAGUGCCACGCCGCACGCCACCCAGGUGGCAGAGGUGCAGGAGUGUUCGGGCGGCAGUCUCCCGUCAAGAGAGAGCCAAGAUGUGCCAAGUUUACGGCUUUACUGUACUUUACC